AUGGACGUCAGCGGGCAAUCCUGCAACGAACCGGUCCUGUGCUGCGUCAGCGGCGACUGGUUCUGCCGCGCACAUGGCAGGCAGUACAUCGUGUCUCGCUGCCGCCGCCCCGCGCCCUCGCACUCAGGCGCCGCGAGCGUGCCCGCGAGCAACGACUCCGCGCGGGAGGACACCCGCAACGCCGCCGCGCCCGUCGCGCCCCGCACCACCACCGGGGCCGCCCCGCGCAGCGGAGCGGCGCCGGAGUGGACCCGGCACGCCCCGCGCGGCGGCUGGGCCGGCACCGUCCUCGCCGCGGCCCUCUGCGGCGCGGAGCCACCCACCGACGCCCCGCACACCCCCACCUGCCUCAUUAUACCAAAGGCGCUGAAACCGGCGCUCGCCGCGCUCGGGUUCCAACCCGGCGAGGGCUCGGCGUCGCGGACGGACGCGGGGUGGUCGUGGCAGGUCGCGGCUGCGUCCGGGGGGUCGGAACAUCCCGAGAGCGCCACGUUGUUGCUGUCGCGGCAGGGCACGUACAAGCUGCGCAGCGGCGCCGUGGAACAGGCGUCGCUGCUGAUGCCGUCGCGGCCGGCGCGGCCGCAGAUCGGCCUGGAAGUCGCGCUGGCCGGUGCGCCGGCGAACAAGUCGGUGGAUGAGCUCCACCGGUGCAUGGUGUUUACCGUCGUGCCCGUGCACACGUCCGACCAGUACCGGCUGGCGGCGGAGAUGGCGGCGGACUCGAGGCAGGAGGACGAGGGGUCUAUGACGCGGCGCUCGACGCGGCGGAACGCCGGGGACUCGCGCCUCCCGACCCUCCCCGCCGCGGCACUCCCCGGGGUCCUGACCGCGGUACAACAACAGUACGACGCCGCGACCGCGGACCAGGCGAAGCGCCUCGGCGCGAUCUCCGCCUCGCUCGCCCGGAAGAACAAGCACGCCGCGCCGGCCCCCGCGGGCUCGCCCGCGCACGCGCCCUACCACGGCCCGCGCUACGAGAACGGCGCCAACAUCCUCGGUUGCUCAAAGAUGGAAUACACGCACCGACUGCGGCGCGCGAAGUGGCGGCUCGCGACGAUGCUCGACGGGCAUCUCGUGGAGUACCGUCCGAGCGGGCUCGUGCCGAUCGAGGACCGCAUCUGCGGCCGCCUGACGAUGCCGCGGCCGGGAGAGCACAACUUCAUGCUCAAGUGCUUGUGCCGGGAGUGCGCGGGGCGGAUGCCGCCGGUGUCGGCGAACCAGUUCGAGACGCACUGCGGGGGCGGCAACAAGAAGAACGGCAUGAAGAAUCUCCUGCUCGUCAGGGUCGGCAUGACGCUGCACCAGCUGCUGGAGUGGCGGCUGCUGGGACAGCCCCCGGGGGACUACAAGCCGAAGCGGUUCGUGCGGGGGAGUUUCAUGACGGACAGCCACAAGGACAAGUGCUCGUCGUGCGGGUUCAACUGCAACGACGACCGCCUUUUGAUGUGCGAGGGUGUCGGGUGUACGGAGGUUCUGCACACGUACUGCUGCGACCCUCCGCUGCUGGUGCCUCCGGAGGGGACGUGGCUGUGUCCGCUGUGCGUGGCGAAGGAGCGGCGGGAGAAGCGCGGGCGCGGGGGGCGGAAGGGGGCGGACGCGGACGCCGAGGGGGGGGUCGCGGGAGAGAUCCCCCUGCCGGGGUGGGAGCGGAUCGGGCUCCCGACGCGCGAGCAGCUGCUCGCGGAGGAUGACCCGCACGACUACCACUGCCUGAAGUGCCAGGACAUGCACGACACGGAGCAGAACCCUCUGCUGUGCUGCGACGGCUACCACCAGCCGCAGGGCUGCACGAAAGUGAUGCACCUCUUGUGCUACGACCCUGAGGCCACCGCGGUGCCGGAGGGCGAGUGGUUCUGCCCUGCGUGCGAGGGCGGCGCCGCGCGCCAGCGCCAGCGCUCCGCGAGCCCGUCCUGCUCCGAGGAGAUCGGCGGAGUGCGUCUUGCGAUGGGCGGCGCGUCGCCGGAGGACGAGGCGGCCGAACAGCCCGCGCCGGCGUCGCGCAAGCGCUCGCGGUCGCGCGCGAACGCCGACGCAGAGGCAGAGGCGGAGGCCGCGGACCCGGAGGAGUCGGCGCGGCCGCAGCGGCGGCCGCGGCGCGGGGGGGCGGAGGUUGUACCCGACUCCGCCCCCGCGUGCGUCCCGGCGUCGGACGGCGACGAGGAUAUGUCGGAGGACGCCUUCGAGCCCGCCGACGCCGAAGCCGCGGCGGAGCAGCCGCCUGCAGACAGCGCAGAUGCCCACAAAGAGGGCCACGUGGAGCCGAAUGAGCCCGAACCCGAGCGCGCGCCCGCGCCCGAACCCGAGGUACCCGCCGCCGACCACGCGGAGGACGCGCCCGGCGAAGCGCGAGACGCCCCCGGCGCCGCGCCACCCGCGCAAGAGGAGGAGUACGCAGAUACGCCCGCCGCGGACUGCGCGAUGUCCCCGACGCUCGCGCCCGCGGCCGUCCUGCCGGAGCCAGCGGCGCCCGCGCCGGACGCCGUUCCGGCGGCGAACGGCCCCGUCUCGGGGGCUGAGGAUAUGAGCGCCGGCACGCGCAACGACGGCGACGGCGCGCCGGCGCAGCACGUGGUGCACUGCGUGCCGGACUCGGAGACGCCGUCUCCUGCGGCGACGGCGGUUGACGGCGUCGCCGAGGGCGGCGGGCCGGCCCGGCCAAUGAGCGCGGUGCGUGACGUCGACGCAGGCCCUGCGGAAGUGGCGCCUCCCGCGAAGCCCGCGAUGCGCGUGGAGGCCACGCCGUCGCCGUCGCCGUCGCGGCCGACCGCGCAGGCGCAGGCGGGCGACGACGCGGGCGUCGUGGACGGCGCGGCGCCGCCCGCGGCACUCACGGUGGAGUCGGCCGACGUGGCAGCUGUGCUGGAGAGCGCGCGGCCGGAGGGGGUCGCGGGGGAGUGA